UGUUUCAGCUGAGCUUGCGGCGCAGAAACUGUUUCACCCGAAACUUGACGCAAUAAAACUGCGCAGUUUUACCGUAACUGCGGUUCGGGUUUAUUAUAAUAUCAGGGUUAUAGGAUCCACGGAGCUGCUCCGGAUCGUCUCACGGAGCUGAGCCGGGUCCGGGUGAACUGGUCCCGGGUUGUCGAGCUGCACAACAACAAGAGGAGGAGGAGGAGGAGGAACAAUGUCCGGAGCUGUGACCUCCUCAUGAACAGCCUGUGGUUCUGACCCGGCUCCGCUUCACUUCCCCGGAGGAGGAGGACAACACCGGAGGACACCGGAGAGGAGACCGGAGAGGAGACAUGGCCGAGGCUCGCUCCGAGGAGGAGGAGGACAACAUGAGGGACAGCCGGGAGCAAGUGGUCCGACGACAGCCUCGAUCCUCCGGAGGUCGUCCUGACAGACGUAAGCCCGAGCAUCGUCACAGCCAGGGUCCUCUCUCGUCCAUCAGAGCUGCCAUCAAAAGAACUUCCACCAGGUCGACCUCUCUCUCCGAGACGUCCAACACCAGAGAGCGAGACAGGGAGCGGGAGCGAGACAGGAGGCGACCGGAGAUCACCAUCCUGUCUGCAGAGCCGCUGGCCUCCAACUCCUGGUUCCCAGGGGCCUCUGGGGGUUUCCCACCCCCCCCUCCUCCUGCCGCACAGAUCUGGGGACCCACAAUCCCUCCGUCCAUACAGCCGCCUCCUUCCUACGAGGAGGUGAUCAGGGAGAAGACACAGGAGCAGGUUCUCCUUCCUUCUUCUUCUUCCUCUUCCUCUUCAUCCCCAUCUUCGUCCUUAACACGUCAGAUUUCCACAACAACCAUCUCCACACAGACUGACCCGGGAUCUGCUCCUGAUCCACAAGACCCUCAGGUGAGACGACCGGUGAGACCCCCACGCCCCUCCCCUCUCUCCCAUCCUCCCAAAUCAUCUCCCGUCGAUGACAUCAACACAACCGCCAGCCAAUCAACACUCACAUCCCUGAGCAGUGACUGUGUCGGAACGAACACGGAGCCCGAGACGGUCCCGCCCGCCCCGGCGCCCGCACAGUGCUGCGACGUCCUCACGCAGCUUUGUUCACCUUUGACCUCGACCACUUGUGCCCAAACUGACCAGCGGGAUCAGGCUCCUCCCUCUGCUUCUUCUCAAGUCCCGCUGGAGCGUCCUAGACCACGCCCUCGCUCUAAGCUCGGCGUCCAGCAAAUCAGCAGGAGCGAGGUCAAAGUUCAGACUCUGGUGAAGCUACGUGAGGACGGUUGCGCCACGCUCGCCGCCCGUGCUCAAGCCGACCCCGCCAACCCCGAGGCGAGUCAGGGGAAGUACCUGCAGGAGCUGCUCGACGCCUUCAGCUCAGACGACUGGGGCUUCCCUGAUCAGCACAGCGACAGCAGCGGCCACAGCCAAUCAGAGAGCGAGGACGAGGACAUGGCGGCGCUGAAGGCGAGGAUACAAGCGUUCGAGCAGCAGCAGCAGGUGGCUGAUGGGAGCUGCGGGGACACUAACGACUUUGUUGUGACAAAGAAACCGGAACCCCGGCCACGCCCUCGUCUCCAACCGGCAAAAUCUGCCCCUCCCACUGUCGCUCCGAAACCCAAAAACUUUUCCCACUCUUCCAAACCAUCCAGCAAAGUCUUCUGGGAAGAUGUUGCUGUGACAGCAGAGGGGGAGGAGUCGGUUUCACAGGAAACUCUUGAGUCUCUGUCUGAAGAGUCGAACGCUGGAACUCCAACGCCUGCAGAGUCGGUACCUUGUCUCCUGAAACCUGCUGCAGCUCCUUCCAAACCGAUAGUCGCACCAAAACCACAGCCUGCUUCAGAAACACCCCCGUCAUCUCACGUCUCUGCUCCGGCCUCGGCCCCCCUCCCGGCCCCCGUCCCGGCCCCCCGGCCCCCUCCACCCAAACUCUCACCCUCUCUCAGCGAAGCUCCGAACCCCAAACCUCCACCCAGACCCCCAGUCGCCCCCCGGGCCUGCACCGGAGCCGCACAGCAGGACAAGAGCAACACAGCUGGGCAGACCAUCCCCACUCUCCCCCCGAGACCCUCAGUGGAGGUCAGCGGGGGGGCACAGGCCGAGCCUCAGGCCGAGGAGACGCAGGACGACGCAAAACCAACUGUGAAAGCAGGAAGUGUCCGUCCGGGCGUCCCGACCAAACCGGCGGCACUGGCCUCCCUCCGCAGGGCCAGCGCUCCCAGUCUGGCUCCUAAACCUACCGGAACUUCACCAGCGCCUCCGGAUCCAAACCCGGUCUCAUCCAAAUCUGCAGCUGCUCCGGCUCCAGCCCCCAAACCAUCAGGACCCCCGGGCGCCACCGCCACUCCGGCUCCAGCCCCCAAACCAUCAGGACCCCCGGGCGCCACUGCCACUCCGGCUCCAGCCAAACCCCCCGUCACAGCUCCGGCUCCGUCCCUGAGGAGAAGCCCUGUGAUCCAGCAGAAAGCAGAAAGUACCAGAGCUGCAAACCCAUCGGACCCUCCCCUUCCUCGCCGGCCCUCAGGUGAAAAGCUCCUCCCCCUCCGUCCUCCACCAAUCAAAUCCACUCCUGGGCGCCCGCCACCUCCAGCCGUCAACUCGACCUCCUCAGCCAACCAGAUCCCUCCGUCUUCCCGAGCCAGUCCCGCCCUCUCCAGGUCGCCAGCCGCCCAGAGUUCACAGACCACUCCCCCUCCUGUAACAGCCAAUCAGCUGCCGGCUCAGAGGGUCUCAAAAAGAGGACCCCCUCUGCCCCCCCGGCCCAAACCUGGACAUCCUCUUUAUACCAGCUACAUGAAACAGGAAGUCCUGAUUGUCCUGGACGACCCGCUGCCCUCAGAGCGUCUCGCUGGUGAAGGUCAAACCUCCGUUGUCCCGCUCGUCAACCCAUCACAGUGUCUCCUGGACCUGGACACACAACCAGAGCCUGUCCCUGAUCAGGACGGCCAAUCAAAACCCGCUCUGGAGGACGUCAGCCUAUCGGAGUCACAGUCCAUCCUGCCCGUGCAGCCUCCUGAACAGAAAGAUCAGCCGGACCCUCCCCCCGUCAGCGGCCCUCGCUGCGUCGCCGUGUUCGACUACGAGGGCGAGGAGGGCGACGAGCUCACCUUCUCCCAGGGGGAUGUCAUCGCCCUGCUGGAGCUCAAAGGACAGGAGUGGGGGCGGGGCCAGAUCCACGGGCGCAUAGGAAUAUUCCCCCUGAGCUUCACUGAGGUGGUGGAGCCGCUUCCACAGACGCCGACAUCACUGGAGGAAACCACGAAGGCCACAGCGAUGGAUACGACAGCGGUAGAACAUAACGAACCAAAGACCUCACAGGACUCGAACUCUGAGUUGGAGGAGGAGGUGAAGGAGAAGGAGGUGGAGGAGUGGGCUGUGGCUCUGUUUGACUUCCCCGGUCAGACUGAAGAGGACCUGUCCUUCCACAAGGGGGCGCUGAUCCGAGUGAUUAAGCACAUAGACACUGAGUGGAGGAGAGGAAGACUGGAGGGGAGGGAGGGGCUUUACCCGGCUGCCUUCACACAGCCGCACCAGGUCCAGCCAAUCACAGAGCAGCAGCCGGUGGUUAAAGGGGCGGGCAAGGCUUUGUUUGACUUCACAGCCGAGAGCGAGGACGAGCUCACGCUAAAGGCCGGUGAUGAUAUAACACAGGUGGAGUCCGUGGAUGAGCAGUGGAUUCUGGGAGUUGUGGCUGGGAGACGUGGGUUAUUCCCGAAAAACUACAUUUCUUUUCUCUGACGAGGGGAUUUUGACGAAGGGAUUUUGAAAGAAAGAUUGACUUCCUGUGACUGAAGGGAAACGGCAGCGCCACCUACAGACGGUGUUUUUUUUAUUUCUCUUUUCUUUCUCGUCCUGGUCGGCUUUUAUCGGCCGUUUGUGACUGAAUUGAAGAAACAAGAAGUCUAGACUUGAUUUUGCCUUGAGACUUUGUCAGUGUCACGACAAAGACCGAGACGGACCUUCGCUGCCUUAACGAUGGAAUAAAACUGAUAUGUGAUGUUUCGUCUGUGGAACUGGAUUUUACCUUUUUGAGGGAUUUGACUCGUGGACUCUGACGACUGCACCUUUUAAGAGCUGCUGCUUUUAGACGAGUUCAGCUUCUCCUCUUUGUGUCUAAUGACAGAAAGUUUAACAAAAGACUUUUUACGUCCUGCGUAAGUCUGCAGCUUUGGAUCGGGACAGUUCCAGCUCAGAGGACGACUGCUUCACUCGCUCUGUCUUUAAUGAAGUGAAACAUGAAGAGCGUCUCAUCCGGAGCCGAUCAGAGACUGACUGAAGCGUCCAUGUUACAGGAAACAGACGCUGAGCCUCCAGUUGUGACAAAUAUCGACUCCACAUUUUUCUGUUUCCUGAAUUUCUCACUGGUACGUUUAUAUAAUUAUGAAACAAAGUUUAAUGAUUCACAUUCCCGUUAAACUGGAUCAUUUUACACGAAGAAAACUGAAGUUACUUUUUAUCACUUGUUCCGUCAGUUUCAGUUUUAAACCAUCGUCGCACAACAGCUCAAGAAAAAAGGUUUAAUUGAACACGUUCUUUAAUGUGAAGGAACGAUAACAGAAACAUUUAAUCUGAGAGAAACGUGUUUUGCACAUAUGGAGAAUCAUUGGCAGUGAUGAGAAAUAAAGUUAAUUUGUAUUAAAAAGAUUGAAGUGAUUAAAUUCAUAUUUGUUUAUAAUCUGGAUUUAAUGUCAUAUAAUUUAUACACAGUGAACUAGAGAAUGUUGUAGUGACGCUUUGUGACGAGUAAUAAGGCCCAAAUCUGAAGAGAGUUUAAUUGUAAGUUUAUUCCACAUGUCACGUUGGCUUUAUUCUGGUUAUGUGACUAUUCUAGUAAUGUUACAACUACAAGUAUCCUCUCAAUUACGAUAUUAUUCUCAAUAUCUUAGAUGUUUUCCUUCAUCAUAGGUCCAUUACUCGUUGUAUGAUGUUGAACAUUAGAGUUAACAUUUGUUAUUAUUCACUGGUGUGAGUUUAUUAGGAGCAUGGAAAACUUACUGUACUUUAACUCUUUCUUUAACUGUCCCUCAACAUUUCCUUUUUUACGAUACAUUUCAAAAACAGCAUCUUGUAUUUCUGGACUGAAUCCAGGUCCUUCUCAACAAACUGAAACUUUUUUACUGCAGAUGAAACGUGGACGACUUUCUCUCCCUCUUCUCCAGAUGUUGUCAGUGGUGAUGAAUCUCGUUUGUCACGUGCACAGAUUAUAACUUAGUGAAUAAUGUUUUUACGCACACUUUAUUUAUCUCUAAUUCUGAAAGUUUUGUAUUUCUGUUAUACCAGAAAGUUUUCAGAUAACACAACACCCCUAAUUUACCAAUGAGCACAUCUUCUCAAGGUUUUAAUCAUACAAAACGUUGAGAAAAGGAGUUUUGAUUGAGGUUCGAGUUACAGCCAAUCAGAGUUUGAGAGAUGGUCUUACAGGUUUCUUCUGCAUCAAUGUAAUUCUGUGUGUGUGUGUGUGUGUGUGUUUAAAAGUUGUAUGUAUAACCAAACAUUCCAAGUUUUUAAUCCAAAUAAAGUUUUUAGGCAUUUCA